AAAAAAUUCUCAACUUCUUCAAAACCUCAAAUCAUCAAAAAACAUCAAUAUUUCAAAAAUACUUGUCAAAAAUGACUUUUAACGAUUGAAAAACACAAGAAUUAGAUUCAAUUUAAUUCUAUAAAAACAAAUACGUCAAUAAUUUAUGCAGCAAAUAAUUAAACUAAAAAUCAUCAACAAUCAUCAAUUUUUUAAAGGAAAAGAGUUAAAGAACUAGUAUUCGUUAGGGAAAAAAUAAUAAAAAUUGACUACCAAAAAAAACGAGAUGCAGUGAACUGGGAAAAGAAAAUUGAAGAAUGACGGCAAUGAUAUUGAUGACGACAUUUUUCGUGAUAGUGUUGACAAACGAUUUGUGGAUUUUGGGACAGGCGAAAAUUGUGGAAAAUUUUGAAAAGUGCAAUGUGACGAACGACGGGAGAGAAUUUAUUUGCCGGGGAAUGGGUUUUCAGACGAUUGACGAAAUUCUCCAGAACAAUGAUUUAAAAUCGAUGGAAUUCAAUAUCACAAAAAUUGACCUAAUGAACAACAAUAUAACGCACAUUCCAGUAAACGUUUUUCAACAUUUUUCUAGUCUGGAAAUUUUGUUACUUCGACGCAAUCAUCUCAGAUCCAUUGAUGUCAAUGCAUUUACAAAUCUAACAAAUCUUAAAGUCCUAGAACUCGAUGACAACGAGUUACUAGAGAUUCCAAAGGCAAUUGCUUUACUGCCAUUUUUAGAAGACUUAUCGUUAUCAAAUAAUAGGAUACAGCGGCUGGAAGCGAAUGAUUUACAAAAUACUGUGUACCUGGUGUCUUUAGAUUUUCGUGGAAAUCCCAUAAGAGAAAUUCACGAGCACACUUUUCAGAAUCUUGCACGACUUCGAAAAUUAAUUUUCUCCAAUGUAAAGGAACUUAUUGAAUUCCCCGUUUUAAAUGAAACUGCAGCCUUGGAAGUGUUGCGACUCGAUCGAGCUCAAAUUCAAUCUGUUCCGGAAAAACUCUGCCAAAAUUGUCCAAAACUUAAGAGUUUAGAUUUAAAGUCCAAUCGUCUAACGGAAGUGCCCGACUUAAAAAACUGUCACGACCUUCGGGUUUUAGAUUUAACGAGCAAUAUGAUUUCAUCUUUAUAUGGAAAGCCUUUCGAGGGCCUGAGUAACGUUCACGAUUUACUUUUAUCAAAUAAUAAUGUAAAAAUUAUUCCACACGAUGCUUUCGCAGGAUUAAAUCGUUUACAAGUUUUAGACUUAGAAAGUAACUAUAUCGAAUACAUUCAUCCCGAUGCAUUUAAGGAGAUAAAACAUUUGGAAGACUUAAACUUGGGAAACAAUAUUUUUCCAACAUUGCCAAUAGCAGGUCUCGCUGGUCUACUGCAUUUGAAAACAUUUAAUAAUCCUGAAUUAAGGGAAUUUCCAUCACCGGAAAAAUUUCCCAAAGUCAAAACAAUGGUAUUAUCGUACGCUUAUCAUUGUUGUUCAUUUUUGUCAAUUGAAUUAGAAGAAAGUAUAACGAAAAUUCCAGUCGAGGAAUCAGUUCUAUUUCCCACUGACAAUGAAUUUGAUAUGAGCCUUUGGAAUUCGAGUUUAACAGACGUCUGGCCUCAACUACAUAACUUGAGCAGCAAAUUUGGAUCACAAAUAAAUGAACUUCUGGAUAACUUUGGUUCAGAUUUUACGUAUCCGGGAAAUUUGCCCUCGUACGUCGAUGACUACUUUGAGGAACACGAUGGACGAACGCUACUCAGUCAAAAUAUGCAUUCUCAGCAGAUUCAGUGUUUACCACAACCUGGUCCGUUUCUGCCCUGCGAGGAUUUGUUCGACUGGUGGACGCUGCGAUGUGGCGUGUGGGUUGUCUUCCUCUUCGCUCUGCUUGGAAAUGGAACCGUUGUCUUCGUGUUAAUCUUCUCCCGCAGCAAAAUGGAUGUUCCCAGAUUUCUCGUCUGUAAUUUGGCUGCUGCUGACUUCUUCAUGGGCAUCUACCUGGGUUUGUUGGCUGUGGUGGACGCGUCGACUCUGGGUGAAUUUCGAAAGUACGCCAUCCCGUGGCAAAUGUCAGCCGGAUGUCAAUUGGCAGGAUUUCUGGGAGUCCUCAGCUCUGAAUUGAGUGUCUACACACUGGCGGUGAUAACUCUCGAGCGAAACUACGCAAUCACUCACGCAAUGCACUUGAAUAAACGUCUCUCCUUGAAGCACGCGGGUUACAUAAUGACUGUAGGUUGGGGUUUCGCUCUGUCAAUGGCAACACUACCACUCCUCGGGGUCUCGGAUUAUCGAAAAUUCGCCAUAUGUCUUCCAUUUGAAACGACCGGCACUGCAUCGCUCAGCUACGUGGUCUUCCUGAUGCUGAUCAAUGGAGUCGCCUUUCUCAUUCUAAUGGGUUGCUAUUUGAAGAUGUACUGCGCAAUUCGUGGUUCCCAGGCGUGGAAUUCCAAUGAUUCGAGAAUAGCCAAACGAAUGGCACUCUUGGUCUUCACAGAUUUCCUCUGUUGGUCGCCAAUUGCCUUCUUCUCUCUAACAGCAGCCUUUGGACUUCAACUCGUCUCUUUGGGUCAGGCAAAAGUUUUUGCUGUCUUUAUCCUUCCACUAAAUUCCUGUUGUAAUCCAUUUCUCUACGCGAUACUCACAAAACAAUUCAAAAAGGAUUGUGUCCUCAUCUGCAAGGCUAUUGAGGAGUCCAGAGUCACCAGAGGAAUCGGCAGGUGUAGACACAGUUCAAAUUUCAGUAAUCGUCAAACACCGGCUCAUACAAACAGUCUUGUCGAUAGACACUCGAGGGAGAAUCCACCGCAAUGUGUUUGCGGUUCGAGAAUUGUGAAUCGCAAUCAGUGCACUGGUCGAUGGUGGGGUGCAAAACUUCUUUUACCAUGUUCGAGAAAUCAACGACAACGUCAUGUGAGGAGCGAUCAGUACGCCUAUCAGAUUGCCGAAAUCCAACAGAAGCAACAUAAACGUGCCUGUUCCGUUUCAUCAAGCGAGAAUUACUCAUCAUCCAGAUCCGACUCCUGGAGGCAGGCUCAUCAUUGUGGAAUUCCUUUGAGAUUACUAGAUCCGAACAGAAGAGCCUCAUCAUGGCUGAUAACGAGAAAACCAUCUCAGGAUUCGAACUUAAGUUCAUCACGUAAUGAUUCGUCGGGAUCGGGAACGACAGCAAGUACGAGCACGUGGCGAAUGUCUAGGUCGAGCGCAUCUCUUGAAUUAAAUUGCCGAAGUACUCAACGUCCACCAAGACCGAAACCCCGAUUGACGAGGCAAUUAGCUUUCCAGGAACCUGAUCCACCCGGUUCUCCUGGGAGACUUGCCGUUAGAUUACUUGCCACUAUUCCCUCGGCGGCUGAAAUGAGCGAUCAGCAAGAAGAGGAAAAUGCUCUCGCAAACGAGACACCUGAAUCUUGAGUUUCUCAUCAUUAGAGACGAUGAUAAUUUUGAAGACUGUCAUUAUAUACUCAAACUUCUUUAGACUUUUCUCUCUAGAAUUAAUUUCUUCCCUUUUUCGAGAAAAUCAGAAAAUGGUCCGUUUUUCCGGAUUCCGGAAAUUUUAUCCGUUUCAAAUGUUCCAAAAAGUUACCACGAAUGUAUAUUAAUUUAAUUCAUGAUUUUGAUUCAAAAGGAAUUUUAAAAGUAUCUUUUGUGUUCGUUUUUGUGUUUCGUAACAGCAUGGAGGAAAAUGGAGUGUUAAAGUAAUUAUCCAGUGGGUUAAGUUCUACUACAUUCAGACAUUAAAUUUAAACUUUCCUAGAGGGAAAAUUAAAUUAGCAAAGAGGGAAAAGUUACCUUUCUAAAUAGAUGACAUCGCUAUCUUGAUAAUUGAACAAUUUUAAAGAGGAAACAAACUACACUCUUUACAUUUGGGGUUAUGUUGAAAAUUUCAUUUUUCCAAAUUUGUCACUUAUUAGGUUAGUUGACAAUAGUUUUAACACUAAAUUUAUUAUUCAGUUGCUUUUAUUAGCGAAAGCAAUUUUUACAGAAGUUGCUAUAGUUUCUGUCAGCUCCCCCACAGCACCGAAACUUUCCUAAAAAUUUAUUAAAUAUUUACUUGCAAUGUUCGGAAUAUGUAAUGGCAAUGUUUAUUGAAAGUUGUGUAAAGAUUUAAAUGUCCCGAUUAAAUAAAU